AUGCCAGCCAAACCUGCGCCUAUCAAGAAGUCCCCAGCAAAGAAGGCGGCCUCGAAGGCACCUGAGCCUGCCCCGGAGCCUGAACCCGCCCCGGUAGAGGCUGCGCCUGCCGAGGCACCUGUGGAGGUCGCACCUGCUGACGUACCGGCCGAGGCGGCUCCCACAGCCGGGGGAGAGGAAGCCCCCGCCGCCCCGGCAGAAGAAGCCCCUGCUGCUGAAGCUGCUCCAGCUGAAGCCACCCCAGUUGAGGAGCCACCCAAGGCCCCCACCCCACCUCCUCCUGCAGUCCCCACCAGUGCCCCUCUGAGCUUAUCCAUUGAUGAUGUGAAUGAGAGCAGCCUCACUAUCAAAUGGAGGACCCCAGAGACCAUCGGAGACUCCGGCCUAGACGGAUACACCAUUGAGUACCGCAAGGAAGGAACAACUGACUGGGUUGUGGCAAAUGAGGAGUUGACCCCAGCGAAUCGCUACUGCAUAAAGAACCUGACAACGGGUGACCUGCUACAUGCACGUGUGGUCGCUGUAAACGCUGGUGGACGCAGCGAACCCGCCAUCCUCGCAGAGCCUGUGCCCAUCCGUGAGAUUGUUGACCGUCCUAAGAUCCGCAUGCCCCGCAUUCUCAGAACUCGCUACGUCAAGCAGGUUGGAGAGCAGAUCAACCUGGUCCUACCCUUCAUUGGGAAGCCCAACCCUGUGGUGUGCUGGCUUAAGGAUGGCCAGCCUUUAGACACAAAGAGAGCCAACGUUAGGAACAGCGACAGGGACAGCAUCCUGUUCAUCCGCAGCAGUCAGAGGGAGGACUCCGGGGUCUACGAGAUGACUGUCAAGGUGGACAGCUUUGAGGACAAGGCAACCAUUACCCUUCAGAUCGUGGAGCUGCCUGGUCCUCCUGCCACUGUGAAGCUGGUGGACACCUGGGGCUUCAACGCCGCCCUGGAGUGGACACCCCCCACUGAUAAUGGCAACACGGAGAUUACAGGAUACACCAUCCAGAAGGCCGACAAAAAGACUGGGGAGUGGUUUACAGUGUUGGAGCACUACCACAGGCUAAAUGCCACCAUCUCAGACCUCAUCAUGGGCAACUCCUACAACUUCAGAGCGUUUGCAGAGAACAAGGUGGGAGUCAGUGAGUCGGCCACUGUCACCAAGGAGGUGGCCCACAUCCCGAAGACAGGUAUCGUCUACACACCCCCUGAAUACAAGGAGCAUGACUUCAGUGAGGCGCCCAAGUUCACCACCACCCUCAGUGACCGCGCCGCUACCGUGGGAUACACCACCAAACUGUUGUGCUCCGUUCGUGGAUUCCCCAAGCCUAAGAUUGAGUGGUUGAAGAACCAGAUGGUCAUUGGUGAUGACCCAAAGUUUCGUCAGAUCUCCAACCAGGGUGUUUGCUCCCUGGAGAUCCGUAAACCCUGCAGCUUUGAUGGUGGUGUAUACACCUGUAGAGCCAAGAACGCCCAGGGAGAGGCCACUGUCUCCUGCAAACUGGAGGUGAAACAGGUUGUUGUUCCAGAAGUUGACAGGGAGAAGGGCAAAUAAAGCUACAUCCAGAGUGCCUUCAAAGGUCCAGCAGGAGUCCAGGUCUUAUGUUUUAAGAGUGUUUUGGAAGGUGAGAGAAAGAGACAAGAGGCUGGCUGUGCAGCAGCAUGUACAUAAUGAAGAAAAGAGAAGAAAAGAGAGCAUAACACAGCACUGCACAUCUAUUUCCUCCACAAACCACCAACACAUCCUCCCUCCACCCAUUUCGCUCUCGUGAAGGGAGGCCACACACACACAUACACACACACACACACACACACACACACAUACGCCUCCGGAUCCACUUCACCAAAUGAACUUGACAUCAGAAAAGUGAAAUACACAAAAAUGCUGCAUUUUGCAUGUGUUUUUUCGGCUGGCCACAGUAUGUAUCUAGGAAUGUAUUUACAUUUUUUCCUGACUAUGUCCAUUUUCUGUUUGUUAUACUGUAUAUGUAUACUACUCAAUAAAACAAU